GUUCUCCGUUCUGCUCCCGAGGGGGCCUCCCGGAGUCCCUACGCUGCGGCCCCCUCGCCCCGCGCGGUCCCUGCCCCGACCUAAGCUCUGGCCCGGGCCAGUCACUCCGGGGCAACCAUGUCUUCCGACUUCGAAGGCUACGAGCAGGACUUCGCAGUGCUCUCUGCAGAGAUCACUAACAAGAUUGCGAGGGUCCCGCGACUCCCGCCUGAUGAGAAGAAACAGAUGGUUGCAAAUGUGGAGAAACAGCUUGAAGAAGCAAAAGAACUGCUUGAACAGAUGGAUUUAGAAGUCCGAGAGAUACCACCCCAAAGUCGAGGAAUGUACAGUAACAGAAUGAGAAGCUACAAGCAAGAAAUGGGAAAACUCGAAACAGAUUUUAAAAGGUCACGGAUCGCCUACAGUGACGAAGUACGGAAUGAGCUCCUAGGGGAUGGUGGGAAUUCCUCAGAGAACCAGAGGGCACAUCUGCUCGAUAACACAGAGAGGCUGGAAAGGUCAUCUCGGAGACUAGAGGCUGGAUACCAAAUAGCAGUGGAAACCGAGCAAAUUGGCCAGGAAAUGUUGGAAAACCUCAGUCAUGACAGAGAAAAGAUACAGCGAGCACGUGAAAGACUUCGGGAAACAGACGCUAACUUGGGGAAAAGCUCCAGGGUUCUGACAGGGAUGCUGCGAAGAAUCAUCCAGAACCGCAUCCUGAUGGUCAUCCUGGGGAUCAUCUUGGUUAUCACCAUCCUGAUGGCAAUCACUUUUUCUGUCAGAAGACACUGAUGUAUCUGCUCCCCCUUGAUAAACAGCAACAACGGCUUGUUCUGAGUAAUUAAGACAAAGUGGUCACAUGAAUCAUUCUUCUGUGCUGACAGGCCCUGGGUGACCCUCUCUCUCCCUCACCACUAUUCAGCUGAAGUGCAAAGAGUGUAAAAAUAUUUUCUAUUCCUGUUUGCAUGUGGGUUGGUUUCCUUUCCCAGGUUUGUCUUCACCCAGAUGUGUUUUUUAGAGGGGAAGGUGAAUGUUUAUUUGCCUUUUGGUAAUUUCAUGUACAGACCAAAAUAGGCUUGGUGACACUCUUCCUUGCCCUGUGGACAUAUCAGGAGUCAUGGUUUAGGAGAGGGCAUGAUGAAUCCAUCAUGGGAGCUUCUGUUUGUCACAUACCUCUUGUCGCUGAAUAGUACUACUGUGACAUCCAAGGAUAAAAAUGCAGAGAAAAGCAGAGGCUGGAGCCAGUGACCCACUCCAGCAAACCAGCCCUAUUCCUAUGCAGGCCUAAUGAACAUAGUCAACCUUCCUGAGCACUUUCAUUGUAAAGGUGGGUAUUUAAUGUCAGUUGUACAGGAAAUUGACUUAGCACUUUUCCGCUUUUUCUGUUGCAUAAUUUUUUUUUUAACCUGAGAAUAUUUUUGCUGAGCCUCCCCAAUAUCCUCCUUUUACAACUUUGAUUACUGGCUACGAGAAAUAUUUUCUUGCCUUCCCAGAGUGCUACACUCCCCAGAAUUUGCUGGCGAAGUGAGCCCUGGCACGAAAUUUAAUUGUGACCUCGUCUUCCCUGACCUGUGUAAGCAUCUCUGUAUCCUUUCGGUUUUAAUAUUUGCACUUCCAAAAGCAGCCCUCAUACAUGCAAAAGGUCUGACAAGGUUCUCUCCACAUCCAUUCCAGUACGUAAAGAGAACAUGAAUAUUUCAGUAAGAGCAAGAACAUGACUCUGUCAGUGUGAAAUUUCAAAUGUGAUUAUAAAUAUGGGAGAGUCCUAUAGGAUGAUACAUGAGAAAUAAACUUUAUGAAAAAUGUU